UAAGCGAGUAGAUGAGCAAUGCAAUAUUAUCACCAUGGCCGGCUGAAGCAAAACAUGCAAUCCAAAUGUACGCCAAAAUUAACAAGAAAAGUGUAUAACAAGUAGAUUCUCCAACUAAGAUUUCACUCCUUCUGCGGCCACUCCCAAAGGCUCCGCUCAUUGUGUCGACGCGCGUACGUCAGUCACCCUCCUCGCCGUCAUUGGGCCCGUCGUUUCCAGGGUGACAGUUUCCGUAGGGACCCGUUAAGCCGUCGCACUGAUUCCUUCCCCUCGCCGAACCCUGACCCCCGGCUUUUGUUCGGCUGCUGGCGAGGGUUCGGCGGAAAGUAAAGACGUUCAAACCGGGAGGGUGUCGUUAGAUCGCUCGGCCCGCACCCACCAUGCGGCCGACCGCGAACACGGCGCCGCGGGCGUCCUCGGCCGGCGUGGUACGGCGGUCGGUGUGUCCCGAGUAGACGUAACAUCGGAAGGAAGUAAGAAAUUUCUUGAAACACUAAGAACAUGGAUGAAAAAAGAGCAGUUUCUGUGGAUUUUGUCAAGGAUUUCCAGGAAUAUCUCACUCAACAAACCCAUCAUGUGAACAUGAUAUCUGGUUCGGUUGGUGUAGAGAAGGAGUCAGAAUCCUUACAGACUGCGGGGUCUGAAAGUGAUCAGAAUGGAAUACAUCAUGCUUCAGUUGAAGUUUCACUGGAUGAUGGCUCAGGGCUUAUCAACGAUGGGCUGGAAAGGACAUACGAUGGAAAACUGAAGUGCCGCUACUGCAACUAUGCUAGCAAAGGGACUGCGCGACUGACUGAACACAUCAGAAUGCACACAGGUGAGAAGCCUCACAGAUGUCACCUUUGCCCGUUUGCUUCAGCGUAUGAGCGUCACCUCGAAGCACACAUGCGCUCACAUACAGGUGAAAAACCGUACAAAUGUGAGCUAUGCUCUUUCUGCUGCAGUGAUCGAAGUAAUUUGUCCCAUCACCGUAGACGUAGGCACAAACUUCUACCCUUGAAAAAUGCUAGGACCUGCCUGGCCAAUAAGAAAAUGUUGGGAGUUUUACAGAAAAAAUCUAGCAACUCCCCGAAUUAUGGGACAAGACUUCUGAUUAAUCUAAGUCCUCCUUCCAUGGUGGUACAGAAGCCAGAUUACCUCAAUGACUUUUCUCAUGAUUUAUCAGCUAACUCCUGUGAGAGUUUGCAGAAAGUACAGUCUGGUGGGAUCUCAAGGGACACUCAAGAUAUUAUGCUGGAUAAUCCAUUAAAUCAGCUUUCUACCUUAGCAGGCCAAUUAUCCAGCCUUCCACCUGAAAAUCAAGCUCCAACAUCUCCUGAGGAUGUAGCCUGCAGGGAUGAAAAACCAUAUGUGAUCUCACAGUCUACAGCACCAGUCGUUUCCACGGUAGCUUCCAGUGUGGCCCAGAGCUCAUCCCCUAUCAGUCCAGAUGCAUGUCCCACGCACAAUCAGCAGAACUUCAGUCCUGUGGCAGGUCCCAGUAGUGAGCACAGUGUUCACACAAGUACACCCAGCAUGACGAACAGCCAGCCUAGCACCCCUGCUCCUCCAGUUCAAGUUCAGGAUCCCCAGCUUCUUCAUCAUUGUCAACAUUGUGACAUGUAUUUUGCAGACAAUAUACUUUAUACUAUUCACAUGGGGUGUCAUGGCUAUAAGAACCCAUUUCAGUGUAAUAUAUGUGGAUGCAAAUGUAAAAACAAAUAUGAUUUUGCUUGUCAUUUUGCUCGGGGUCAACACAAACAGAAUUAACACUUAAUUAAGUGUUGGUAUUCAAUUUAAGUACAUAUUAAAUGAAUGUUGGUUUGUAUUGAAAAUAUUAAAUGUAUCGAGGGAUUCAUUUGUCUUUCCCUUUUGUGUACUUUUUAAAAAUAUAUUUUCUUUAGUCUUCACAAGUGGGCAUGAACAAGGUUCAUGCUACUUCAAAGUAUAUUGGUACAGCACCAUUUGAUGCUACUUCCCAGAAAUAGGAAGGUGUAAAUUUCAGCAAUAGGAUCAUUCUUACCUCUAAAAAUACUACAGUGAUCUUAUUGUAGGCAAUGUGUUGCUUAUUGUGCAAGUGAGUCGUGUUUUGUUUUGCGUUCAACUGAGAGUGAGGAGAGAAAAACUUAAGAGUAUGGAAGUAACUGACUCCUCUCCAUAUUUCUGUCCCAGGAUGUGUUCUCCAUCAGUGUUCUACUGUAGGUUAAAAUAACAAUGAGUUAACAAUGUAAAUUAUUUUAAAUGCUCUUUCAUAUACUGAAAAUGCUUUUUUUUGCAUUAAAAAUGCUGAGAUUAAAAUAAGAUGCCUUUUAAAGACCUAUUCAAAGUUUUUGUUUUAAAGUGGAUAGCAACAGUCAUAGCUGAAACAAGUGAAUUCUUUCAAAUGCACCAUCAAACAGUUUCCUAACAAUCUAGCUUGUAUUAGUAUUUUAUUAUUCAAUAAUUGCAGCAUUUCAUUGCAAAAAUGGUGUAAAUAGUUGAACUCAAUCAAUUAAACCAAGCAGUUACACCUCUAAAUCUUCCCACGUAUGUAUGCUAGUUAAGAUCUGUAGAAACAUCUGUAAAAAUCCAAGGUUCAAUUUUCUAAUAAUUGUGCAGAAUGCAAAUAAGUAAAUAUGUUUUUCUUUCCAAAAUUGCUAUGUCUACCAGUAUUAAUAAGCCCUGCCCAUGUCUUCAUGUUUUGUAGGGGAACAAUAUCAGUGGAUGACUGACUUGCAACAAAACCAUUCAAGUAGUUCCUUAUGUUCGAGCUAUCUUUAUAUAUUUAAUUUAAUGUUGGCACAUAAGUCAAGACAAUGCUCAGAUCAAUAACCUUGAUUAAAUCAAUAUAAACCCAAUAUAUGCAAUACUUGUGGAAUGGCCAUGUUGAUAGUUUCGAGUAAUAAGUUCAUUAGAGGUUUAUGAACUAAAGCUUUUUAAUUAGUUUUUAGAAUUUUUACAGUUCCUUGCUGUGUUCACUUUUUAUAACAUCCAGUCCGUGAAGUUGAUCUGUUAGAUGUCAUCAGUCAUAUAGACAAAAUCCCCAUCCUGAACAACUGCAUCACAGCUCAGUCUCCAAGCAUUCCGCAAGCUUAAAUGAUUGGGCUGUACUUAGAACCAACACUUUCUUGUCCUUUUGGGCAUUUCCUGUACACCAGCAUUGGCUCAUCCCUCGAGCAUUGCAUCCUUUGCAGUCAUGUUGGUUCAUAUUUCUCUUUCUCAGCAACCUCUAUGCAUUUUUUUUACUCAGCACUGAAAGCCCUAUUGUUAACUAUUACUAUUUUUUUUUGUCUACCAUUCCUUCCAUAAAUCCCUCACACCAUUAGGAGUUGCAAUUUCCUAUAUGUUCUUCCACAACUUCUCCCAUUACUUAAACAGAACAUUGCAGAUACUCCCAAGAAAACAGCAUAAAUUGUUUCUACAUCUUAGUUCUCAGCUUUUUUUUACUUCUUUACUUCAUAGCUCUUGUACCAAAAGCACGAUGGACAAGGCGGAGACUUGUCAAAAAAUUGUAGUCGAUUUUGAUUUUUUUUUAGGCUUUAUGAGUAGACUCUUUUCUUUGGAAUUUAUAUCAGGAAUUUCCCUCUCCAUUGCACAAUUUGGAUAUUACAUAGGUUAGUGAAUUCUAUUGCAAAAGGUGGUUUAAAAAUAAACAAUUUAAAGAAGCAAUUAGAUUGCUUAUUAUUCUGCUUCAAGGAUAAUAGCUAUUUCAGAUGAGUAUGACUUUAUAUAUAACAUACAGUAUUCUUUACUAUUAAAUUUAAAAUGCUAUGAAUUAUUAUUUGGAAUACUCAAAGCACUUUUUGUAUUUUACAAGAGCCUACAGUAGAUGCAUAGAUCACCCACUGUUGGUUGAUUCUUGCUCUGGUAACUGAGAGCAUUGUAAAUCCGUAAAAAAAAUUGACUCUGCUAAUCAACAGCUGGGUUAAGGUUGGCUCCUGGAGCAAAAUAAACACAGAGAACUUUGUCCUUCAUAUUUGCACUUCUGAGGUCUGUGGCUGCUUGUGUUCUGGUUGUGUUGGGGAUCCAUUUCAUAUCUAGCAGAAAUGCUUGACACAGUUAGGAACUUUUGCAAAAAGCAACAAGUUUCAAAGUGUAUGUUUCUCCAUUGCAACAAAUUAGGAACAGUAUUUUAGAAGGUAGCCUCUAUUAUAGCUCAACUAGUGAACAUCACAUAAAGUAAGUGAUCUCCUUUGUAAGCCACACAUAAUUAUAUUGGUUACGGUGCACUGUUGAUAUUGAGUUAUGGAUUGUCCUUUAACUUUCUCCAUUGAGGAGGCAUGCCACCAAAGGAAACUAAAGUUACACACCUUUUGUGCCUUCAGGCUGAAAGUUAAGCUCACCUAAUAAGUUUCUUAUUUUAAAAUAGCAUGACUCUUAAUACAUUUGGUUAGUAUUUAGCACAAAAUGGUAACAGCUGUAAAACAUUAGUGUUCUCUUCUGCUUUUGCAGUUACCAUAUAUAAACCUGAAAUGGUGUUGUCUAUUUGCCUGUUGUUGUAUUUUUUAAUAUUUGUUCUACAUUAAUAUUGACAAAUGAAUGAUUGGUAAUAAUACUCAUUGGUAAAUAAUGGGCUUCAGUUACACACUCAUCAAAUUCAAUUACUUCUGAUGUGCAUAUUGGCUAGCAGUAUGAAAUUUCAACAAACAUAAACUUUAGUCUUAAGUUUUAAAGAAUUAAUAACCAGAGGUGCCUAAUACAUUGUAAAUAUUAGGAUGUCAUAGUCAUCUUUAGGCUUCCAAUAUACACAUUGUUAAAUCAGAUUAACUCCAUUUUUCAAAUGUAUCCACACAAUUGCUUUAAAUAUAAAUACACAAUGGCUGAACUUAGUUGCUUAACCUAUGAGAUUUUGAUGAUGGAAUAUUGGAUUUAUUAAAGCUGUGUCACUGACAACACGGAAUAAUUGAAAAUGUGUCACAUCUAGGCUGAGUUUACAAUCAUAUGCCUGCAUCAGAGUGUAGAAAGCUCAUUCACACCAGAUGUUUAGUGCAAAAUUUAGGCUUGGUAUUUGUGUUCUGAGAGUGUUUUAGUACUGGAGAUGAAUUCCUGUUGACAUGAUGUCUGCUUUGUAGGAAUUAUGUUCAAUAAUACUAUUGAAGAAUAGUAGGAAGUUCUCCAGUUGUAUUAACUGUAGUGUCUCCUUCAGUCAGUGCCACUGAAAAGUGAUUAUAACUGGUGUUUCAUUAGUAUUUCUGAGACAUUUCUUAUGUGGAAUAUAUAUUGCUGCCUUGUCGUGCUACUGCAUUGAGUGAGGACGGUUUUUAAGGAAAACAUUAAAUAAUUCUGCCUGCCUAAUGCCAAUCCUUUAGCCCUGUUCCAAUAGUCACUUGUGUUUGUUGCUAACUCUAAUAUUGGGCAGAGUACAUAGAGAAGAAGGUGUUCCCAUUGGUGGUAGAUUCAAAAAUCAGAGCUUAUAGAAUGAAGGUAAUUGGCAAAAGAACCAAAAAUGAUAUGAAAAACUUUUGUCUUCAGUGAGUGGUUAAGAUCUGGUAGAACUAGAGGUAGAUACAAUUCAAAAUGGGAGUAAAUAAAUGCUUGAAAGAAAACAUUUGCAGGGUUUUGGGGAGAGGGCAAAGAAGUGUGACUAGGUGCAUUACUCUUGAAUAAAAGUGGACUGAAGAAUUUCAAUCUGUAAUUUUGUUCCACAAUGAUAGCUUGACAGUUAUCAUAGUAAUUUGACCAGCUUGAGAGCAGUUAGCCCAAUUUUAAUGCCACUAAAUCAUGCUGGUUGAAAUCACCGAAAACAACAGCUUGCUUCCUAUAACAGCUUUUUAAUGAAGCAAAAUGUUCCACAGAGUUUCAUAAAAGCACUCCAAGCUAUCAUUUGACACAAAGUCAGAUAAUAAGGUGUAGGGAAGAGAUGGGUUUUAAGAACAGAGGAGAUGGAGAAACUGAGAGGUUUAGAGAAGGAAUCCCACACCUGGGAGCCUAGAUAGUUGAAGGCAUGGCUAGCAACAAAGGAUAUUCAGGAUGCACAAAAAUUUAGAGGUGGAGGAACACAAUUCCUUGAGUUUUUUUUAGGACAAUAGGAGUUUUUUUUAAGUGGAGGAAAAACAAGGGCAUGGAUAGAUUUGAACUUAAAUGGAUGGGAAUUUUGACUUGAUACCUUACCACAUUAAAAUUCCAUUCAUAUAAAUGAUCAGAGGGAUGCUGAGUAUAGAGGAUUUUGUGCAAAUUAGGAUAUGGGCAACGGGGCACUUAAAUCAACUGAAUGGAAUUUUAUUGAGGAUGUAAAUCCACAAAGGCAUGGGAUCAAAAAUGAAACAUUCCUAGGUGGUAUGCCACAAUUAACUGAUUAUAGUAGCAAGCUGAAUUAGGCAGCUACAUUAUAAUUAAAGCCACUAAUUUUCAGUCCAUGUUAAAAAAAUGUUCUUCAAAAUGGAAUUUGAGUUAUUCAAUCACAUUAAUGAAAAUUAGGCUAAACUAUAUAUUUACAAUUAUAUACUGUGAUCUCAAAUGCCUGCAAAAUUUCUGGUAUCUCGUGUAGUAAAAUGCAUUUUACGUAUUCAGUCACGAAAUAGAUUUCAAUGAGAAAAUGGUAUGUCAGUAAGAACCCUCCACUUUAUCGGUUUAACAUUGGACAGAGGGCAGCAUUGUUAGAUUUAAUAUAAUGGCUGUGGAUUUUAGUCCUCAACUAUGUGUAAAAUGGUCAGGAGUUCAACAAGAUCUUCACAUUAGUAAUUAUUCCCAGUUUCUUCUACACCAUUCUCUAGUGUUUCUCACCAAAUCAAGUCCAGUAUUCCAUCAUUAAUUUAUUAUUUGUAAUUAUAUAAAUGUCCUUUAAUGUGCCAGUAGACAUCACUGAGCACUUUAAGUAGAACUUGAGGACUUUGAAUAAAGAGGUGGUUAUAAUUUUGGCUUGAUUAUUCCAAGCCUUUUUGAAUGAUGAUGCUUUGUCACAUUGUUUUAUAUUCCAGAUUUUAUUUGGUUCGAUUUGUAUACUUAUCCAAUGGAAGUUUUGUUACAUUUGGUAAUUAAUGUAAAAUGUGAGUGUCAUUUGUUUGAAUUGUGUUGUCUUUUCAGCAAUGCUGUUGGUAUAUCCAUACACAGAUUAACAAGUGCAUAUAAAUUUAAUAAACAAUUUAAAUGCUGUAAAAAUGUGAAUAACCUGUUGUGAUUGAAUUGUUAUUUAAGAAACUAUUGCUAACAUUGGUACCUGUGCUUGAUAGAAAAACUGGUAAGUGUUUAAACUAGCUUAAAGGUUUAUAUUUUAAUAAAAAUAUAUCUUAUAAAAGUCAUUCCUUUAACAUUUCAUGUGAGAUUAUCUAACUCGAUGCCCAAACAAGUUGUUGCAACGGAAUGCAUUGUUUGGUGGCAUCAACAGUUCAAAUAUUGUUCCUGUUUAUGAUUUGAAUCGUGUAAAAUAAAAGAAUUAACAAAUUCCAUUGUCUUUGAGUUUUGUUGCUUUUGACAUUUUGUUGCUUUUAAUUAGUAUGGUGUAACUGGAGGUCAUGCUCU